ACAUGUCGUCGCCAGUAGCAAGACAAAAAGCGAGCUCCCCUGCCGAGAACCAAAACGUGAGGCGCUCCAUAGCCAUAGCUUCCGCGCGAGAGAGAAGAUUUGGAGCCAUGAGGCCGACUCCGAUGGACUUCUUCGGCGACAUGGACGACCAGGGCUCCACCAUGGCCAUGGACGUUGACGACGUUGACACACUCGAGAGCUUUGCCGACGGCGUCAUCGGCGAGAACAAGCUGGCCGACGCUGACUUCUUCAACUCCUUCGAGGACGAUUUCGACGACACCGACAUCAACUGAACCAACGGCAUCUUCUUCUCCAUCGAACACAUGUAAUGAUUUGCUUCGAUUUGCUCUGUUUUCUAGGGUUUUGGCUAGGAUGAAGUUUCUUCUUUAAUUGGGCAAAAGAGUGUAUGCCGUAUCAAUGGGUGGAUGGUUAUUUUGACAAAUUGGUUAUAUAUAGAUAUGGAUUUUAGUUUGUGUUUA